AUUUGAUCAUUGAUUGUUUGAUUUUCAAUUCGAUUUCACUUUUAACAUCAAUAUCAGUAUCAGUAUUAGUAUCAAUUUCUAUUUUAGAUUACUUUUAUCUUCCUUGUACUUUUAAUUUCGAUUCUAGUUUAAAUUUCAAUUUUAUCCUCUGUUUAUUAUUUUUUUUUCUAUGUCUUCAGGCAGAAACUCUUCCAAAGCCAAUCCUGAAGCUCCCCCAGGUUUCGAAGAUGAGUAUCAGUUGCAGUCACCAAAAGGCGACAUCAAUCAAGAGAAAAGUAAUGCAAAACCAUUUUCAAUAGGUGAACAAGAUUUGAAUCCUCCAACAGGAAAAUAUCCCAAUAUGAAGCCAUAUUUGGAUCCUUUAUCUGAUUUUUCCAGUCCUGGAUCAUCUGGGGGAAUGUAUCCCACUCGAAAUGAUCCACUAUUCAACCCACAAAAUAACAAAGCAAAUAACAAUCAUCCUUUCAACUCUCGAUAUGAUGAUCCAAUGACUGGAGGCGAUCAAUUGAAUUCAAUUGGUCAAGGAUUGCCAGCCAAUCCUUCUCUAAAUGAUAAUAGGUUUAAUAAAAAUAAUUUUGGGCCUAAUUAUCCUGGAUCAACACCUUUUGAUAAUGGUUUUAAUGGUCCACCUGGUCCACCUGGUGGAUUUGGUCCUGGUGGAUUUGGCUUUGGGGGCAACUCUUUUUAAUUUUUUUUAUGUUCUAUGUUUGUCCUGUCAUGAAUUACAAGUAUUUGAUCAGCAGUUUUAAUUACAAGUGGGUUUUUUUUCUUUUAAUUGACAUAUUUAUAUAUAAUUACAUUAAGAG